AUGGAUUUUAAUAACGACCUAGCAGCUUUUCAAGGUGCAUUAUUGUCAGUGGACCACGUUCAUCCGUUGCCCAGCUUAACUUCAAAAGGAGGUAAUGAAGCAAAAGUCCACCAUGUUAUACAAAGUUUAAAGAGAUUCUUGAAGGUGGACGGGUAUAUAGAUGAAAAAGGGCUAGUUAGAGAAAAAAUACCAAAAAUGCGUAAAUUAGCUAUGUAUCUAAUUUUAAACGCAGAUUUUCCCGUAUUACACAGUAUGAUACAUAUCACCGAAAUAGAACCAAUAUUGUGGUCAAUCCCACCUCUACCAAAAUAUCUAAUGUGUGAAAUGAUCUGGCAACUUCAUAUGGAAACAUUUCUUUAUGAGAUAAUUGCAAAAUGUACUCCACAAUUAGGAAUCGAGGUCGCAGAAUCAUUUUUGGAAAACUUUAAAUACUUUGGUCCAACUGAAUGCAUUAGUAAAUUGGGAAAUAUCUCUGCAGCAUGCUAUGCACUUAUAUGUAGAAUUAACUGCUUUAAAUUAGAAGAUAGCAUAGCACUAAAUCAUAUCUUGACCGGUAUUUAUGAGACUUUUCAAAGCUUUUUAAAAUAUUAUACAGACCCACCAAAUAAACAUCUAUUAGAUGAACUUAGCCGUGAUGAAUUAUAUAAAUACAAAGGACAACGCUUCAAAAAUAUUCUGAACCUGGUCUAUAACUGUGUCACUAUGUACACUCAAGAUACGAAUCCUAAUUGCGACGACCCUCUAUAUAAGGUAACAUACAAAACAGCCAUCCUUCACAAUACUACAUGCAAAGUUUGUGAUAGUCCAUCUCAGUUACUAUUGGAUUUUGUUGACAACGGUAAUCUGUUCUUAUUAGAUGUUUUUAAGGACGUUGUCAUGGAUAUCAGUGUGGAUAUAUUUUGUGCUUGGAGUGAAUUUGAAGAAGAGGAUAAAAGUAUGCAGCAGUCUAUCGGAGAGCUAUGUGAUAAAGUGCUAGUGUUGUUAAGAAGUAUUGACAAUAUCGCUGAACAUCCCGUUGUACGCAUGAUCCAACAGAUGGCACGAAAACCAACCGAUAUAAAAGACAUCAUUAAUGCAACGGAUACCGCCACUAUAUUGAACAAAAUAAACAAAUGUGACGAGGAGUCGGUGGAAUGGAUACAUGCUUUAGUGCAUAAAGACCAACUAUUGCGACAUAUGGACCUAGUUCAUGUCAUUCACGAUCAUCUAAAUAUAUUUGAUGAGGCAGAAUGUUUUGAAUUAUUCAAAGCAUUCGAAAAUGUUGCAGUUGAUACGGCUACUCUUGUAAACAGAGAGCUUUUGCUGUCUACAAAAAUUAGAUUAUUCCAUGAAUGUAAUGUGUUAAACAAACAUACAAUAAUGAAGGAACAUUUUAAGGAAAAGAUAUUUAUCAAUGUAAAGAUGGAAGACGACUUUGAUUUAAGAUUAAAUAUUAUGUUUAACAGGUUCGUUGGGGAUAUUGAUGUGGACUUCACGGAUGUCUUUACUUUAUUUUAUCAAAACCCUCGUAAAGUUUAUACCAAAAUAUUUGGAUUGGCAACACAAAACACUAAGCUAAUAGAACCAAUGUCGAAACUCAUGCAAUUGUUAAUAGACUAUUCAGAAUAUUGUUAUAACACUGAAACAGAACCGUGUAUGAUCACCAUUAUGAAAUUCAUACUUAAUAAAUGUUUACAGGAUGGUUACAGUUGUAACUUUCUGAAAUUUAUUUGUGACUUAAAAAAUAAUAAUAUAGUAUCUACUUCACAGUUAUUGAUGUUAGUAAUUAUGCCCACUAUACACGAGGCGUUACUUGUCAAAGACGUUGAUAAAAUUAAUAUUCAAAUGGAACUAUUAAUUAAAGCUUUUCCUGUCGAAGAGUUGUUGCCGUACAGGCCACCUAUGCUUGUAAUGAUGGCUCAAAUAUUGGAGACUGUGCGCCUAAGGGCUCUCGCAGCAUUUCGAGUACUUUCAUUGAAAGUCGUACAGAAAGUAAUUAAGUUUCAACAAUCGAUCGUUAGGACUUAUAUAAAUGGAAUACCUGAAAGGGAAGACAGGUGGUUGAGACAAAAAGUGCAGGCCCUGAAAAUGAACCCACUAAACUUUUAUUAUUACCAGCCUCUGUGGAAGCGAGAUAACAAGUGUUAUUUUGAAACCAUAUCGGAAGUCAAGCUCCGUGAAGUCGGUUUAAACUUGGUGGCUACACGUCUAGCUUUGUCAUGUCCAUGGACGACGGUGGAAGAGUGGUGCGAAAUGUAUAAUAAUUUUGUAGAGAACAACAUCAGCCCAUUGGACGCAUUAAAGAUGUACCAUGCCGCUGUCGAUGUUAUGACAAAGAAAAUUGGCUCCUUCCGUACAACAAAUACCGUGAAUUGUUUGCUGUAUUGUUACGGCAAUCUAAUUCAUAUUAUAAGGUACAAAUUCUUGAGUGAACCUCUUACAAAUGAGCGCGUGUCGGCUACUUGCUCCCUGUUAGCAAAAAACCUUAAAGAUUCGAACGAAAUAGAUGUUAAUGACAUUGGAGCUGUCGUAAUGCCACUGUUUGCGUACUUAGCAGAGAGGAAGAACGACUACACAGUGAAUGUACCCAAAUAUUUUAGAGAUACUAAAUAUCUUCAUAUAGUCAACAGAUAUAUUCCUAGUGAUGAUAAUAACGUGGAAUAG